AUGAAGACGCUGCUUCUUCAGAUUCCUCUUAAAAAGACCGAAGAUGUCAAUUGGACAAAAACUUUGAACAACUACUUGGUGUCCGUCUACGGGAGCUCCUCCGAGUGUCAACAGGACUUGACAAACUUCAAUAAAUUGCGCCUGGACCUUCGUGGCUGUCAUGCCGACAGCACAGGAAUAAGACUCUAUUUCAAAUACUAUAGCCAGCUUGAACUCUUGGACCUACGAGUACCAUUUGAAACGGCAAAUAGACACAAAAAGUUGGAAUUCAAGUGGUACGAUGCUUUCAAUCCUUCUGAGUCUUACAAACAGCAUGCAUUGGCGUUUGAGAAAGCCAGUAUUCUCUUCAAUUUGGGAGCAUUAUUAGCGAAACUCGCAAACUCAAAGUACCAGGAAUCACAGAGAAAUUCAUCUACGUCGUCGGAGACUGAUGGAGCAUUUAAAGAGUCAUUGCAAUUGUUCCAACAGGCAGCGGGUGUAUAUGAGUUUCUUCGAGAAAACUUCUUACAUGCACCCUCCAAGGACCUUGGGCAAUCUACAAUCAAGUUUUUAGUAAGAUUGACAUUAGGUCAAGCCCAGGAAGUAUUCCUUUUGAAAGUUAUUAGUGGUGAUACCGAGCAGAAACAGAAUUCUCUUAUUGCAAAGCUUUGCAGCAGUGCAUCGGUUUAUUAUGACGAAUGCUAUUCGAUGUCAAAGAAUGCGGCUGAAUCAAAAGACUCGAAAUUUGACUCGUCAGGUUACACUAUUGUUGAUACAGCAACUGAUGAGUUCGAUGACUUUGAGGAGGAUGCUGCUCAUUUGAGCUCGGAUUAUGAUCCUGACUCUUCCGAUCUGCCCCAGGUCGUUGCUAGCUUGGACCCAUACUGGCCUGAUUCAAUGUUCUUAAAAAAAAAUCUUUACAAGUCUCUCUCCCAUUAUCAUUUUGCACUCAACCUGGAAAAUACGAAAAAGUACGGAGAAGCUAUUGCUCAUUUAACAAGAUCUCUCAAAAUAUUGAAUGAAAUUGACCCGAAAUUCUUGAAAAAUUUCGAAACUCACGGCGGUGUGGAAGCAUACGAGCUCUUAGAUUUCUGCAAGUACCAAAAAGAAGUCAUUGGAAUCAAAUUGAAUGACCUUGAAAAAGACAAUGAUUUCAUCUAUCACGAAAUUGUUCCAUCCGAAGCAACUUUGCCCGAAAUCAAGCCUCUUGAUUCUGCUAAAGCUGUACCUUUGAAUAACAACAAAUUGUUCAAUGAAGUAAGCGAGAACAACUACAACAAUUUCUUGAAAAGCGUUGUACCGAUCCACAUUCAUGAAUUGAUGAGCUACUACUCGGAGCAAAAGGCACAAUUUCUCAGAAACGAACUUGAUUUGGUAGAUGUGUCUGAUGAGGAAUUGUCGUCCGCAUUGGGGUACUUGAAAAUGCCCAAAGCCCUAGUCAUGUUGAAAGAGAUGUUACAAAAUGCUAAUGCAACAUCUAGUGGCACAUCGAGUGAGAUAAAUCCCGAGAUUAUAAACAUUGCCAUGAACAUUCAGGCGUCCCACCAGACUGAUACAACGAAUCGCAAAAUGCUCGUCGACCUUCGGCAGCAAAUAUUCGAUACUGUUAGUGAGGUAGAUUCCAUUCUUGCCAAUCAGAUGUCAGACACUUCUGUAUUAAAGGACGAUUUGAUGAAGGUCAAAAAAUCACUCUUCGAUGCUAGUAACUCGGAUGGGAAGUUGUUGAAUCUUGUCAACAGCGAAAACAUGGCCCUUUAUUCAAUUCUAGGCAAAGGACCCGACUCUCUGGAGUUUCGCCAGCUUUUUGAGACAAAGAGUCCUAGUAAAAAAUCUAAUGAGUUGAGUCUCUUGGAUAUGGAUGAGACACAAAUAGCGAACAUGGAUAUUGGAGGCCGGAUCAAAGCUCUUGAGGAGACGUUGCAUGAGCUAAAUUUGAUCAAACAAAAAAAGAAACAGCUCAUUGAGUCAUUGAAAGAAGCGAUUCACAAAGAUGACAUUUCAGAUAUCUUGAUCUUGAACAGCAAUGUGAAAUCUGUUAACGAGAUCAAAACCGUCAUUUUUGAAGAGGAACUUAAAAAAUUUGAUCCCUACGGGAAGGAGCUCGACAAUCUUUUGACUCGCCAGAAGGAUGUAGUGAGCAAAUUGACAAACGACUGGCAAGCACUUAGUUCCAACCCGGAAGUGAAAGAUAUACAGUCGUCUACCCAGUUCAAGCAGCAGACGAUGGUGUUACAAUCAAAGAAGAUAAAGGAGUUUUACGACAACAAUUGGCUAGCCUACAGUGAAGGUCUCACCAAAGGAGUUGGAUUCUACAAACAACUCUUGGGCUUUGUUCAAACGUUGAAAAAUCGGGCACUAAACAACUCGCAGGCCAGCAUUGAAGACCGUUUUAGAGCAAUGAAUGUCAAUUCUCGGGCGGGUCCUCAAGUUCCUCCACAGUCUUCCGGCAAUCGUACAUCGUUUUCCACCAGUGGUCCACAGUACUCACUUGAGAGAAGACAAACUCAAAGUUCAAUAAGUCUGGCCUCUGACUAUAACUCAUACCAGGUACCACUACAAGUUGGAAAUCAGCUCACCGGGACUUUAUCGGCCCAAUCUAGUGGUGGUGCUAGUUACAAUCGGCCGGCACCGGCACUUCCUCCCAAGCCACCAAAAGAAGGCUAUGCCCAGCAGCCGCAGCAGCCAGCAAAGCCCACAGAUGGUUUGAUCUACAACCAGCCGUCGACGUACCUGCCCAAUAUGUACAACUUCUUUUCUAACAGCUAG